CUGAGGAACACAAAAUCUAAAUUCCAUUGGACAUUGCUCUGAAGACACCUUCAAAAUUGAGAUUUUCAGACUGAGAGUCUGAUUGUAAAAAUCAGCAAAACUAGAACAGCAGAAAGAGGAUUCAAUCAGCUGAUUGCAGGCUAUUGAACUAGGAGAGGAAUAUCAAUCUGCAGAGGCUGGACAUGGGGACAGGGAGGCUGCCGUUCUUCCUGCUGUUACCACUGUUCGUUCCUGGAGCAGUGCAAGGGGAGGUGAUCCAGGAUUUCAGCAAAUGUGCCUGGUUCUUUCAGGGAAAGGUACCACCACAGGGUUUCGACACUCAGAACCGCGUCAAAAUCUGCCAGAAGUACAAGAACCAUUACCACUUUGUAACCUUGUACCGCACGGAGCUGAGAAACCCCGUCUACUCGGCGUACAGGUAUCCCUGCACCAUGGGGGUUAACAAGGAAAAGAGACCCAGUCCAUGGUUUUAUGAGCCACAGAUCGAUCAUCCACACGCCUCACCUGAAAUGACCAGCAGCAACAAUCCCUCCAGUGACUAUCAGGCGGUGGAUGCAGAUUACCGUGGCUCGGGGUAUGAUCGAGGUCAUCUAUAUCCCUAUUCUUUUAAUAGGAAUGACAGUGCUACAGCCACCUGCACCCUCACCAAUGCAGUCCCACAAGAGCACAAAGCCAACGUGAACUGGGCAAAGGAGGCAGAAGAUUUUGUCCUCAAGUUGGCAAAGAUUUGCCAUAAAUCUGGCCGCUCGGCCUACAUAGUGACGGGCUCAGCCAAUUCCACCACCAUCAAAAUGAAGAACAAGGUGAUGGUGCCUGAGGUAGCCUGGACUGCCCUUUGCUGCACUUCCUCACCAAGCCCAAAUACUGACCCCUGUCUAAGUAACCGUGUGUUGUCAGAGGGGCAGGAUGUACCGAGGUACGAUAAAGAUUUCUCCGCUGCUUUCAAGAAAAGGAUGUUGCCAGAAAAGCCAGCAGUCAGACUGACCGUGAGGGAGCUGCAGAAGGAGCUGGGAGUGGGCAAGAUAUUUGAGAGUUGCAGAGGGACAAGUGCAGAUGAUGAGGUGGAGACCUUCAGAGAUGUGACCCUCCUGAUUGGAGCAGAAAUGUCUGCAGUAAAUGGAGUAGACUCAGUCAAGAGAUGGUCGUGGGAAUUUGCAGUAAUGUGUUGUCUCCUUUCGGAGAUUGUGUUGAAGUGGAUGUAAUGGCUGAAGUUGGCAAAUUUGCUGAAACUUCCCAUGUUAGUGAUUUUUUGGUCUGUUAGUCUCACUAUCAAUUACAUUGUGGACCAGAACAAACCCUAUCAGAAUAUAUUAAAAAGAUAGUCUAGACCCUAACUGCCUCUUAGUUUAAAGGUAAGUGUUAGAUGUUGCAUUCCAGAAGCAAUUCAAUUGGUCAAAAUACUCAACAUUAAGCAAAACACGCUUUAUUCAAAUACUGCAGUUAAAAUACAACAAAAGAAAAAAAAAGAAAUUGGAAUAACAACUUUAUUGGAAAGCUAAAUAAUGGAUUAUUUAGCUACUAAACAAUAACUAUUCCAAUAUAAUAACAUUACAUAAACACAUAAUUGGCAAAAGGCAAAUUCAGUAAAAUAGAUUGUCUCAGAGGCAAUUCUCUAGUCCAGGAGGAAAAAUAUCAAGAGAAAACUCUGAGAGAGAGAGAUUAGAGGGACAGGUGUACCUGCAGCUUCCAAACCCAGCUUCAAGAUCUCAGCAACUGCUGCUACUGAGAAACUAAGAUGAAAAAUUCUGGUUCUGUGGGAGUUUGACCCCACCCUUUCAGGCUGCUUCUAUUGUUUCAACGUUUAAAAAGCCUUACAAGUUGUUUACUUUAUUGUAUUCAAAUAAACAGUUCUGCACCUCUGUUUUAAAACCUCUCUUCAAAUAAAAGCAGGACAAAAUAAACCCAUUGUAUCAUCACAAUUACAUUGAAUAAAUAUCUCAUUGCUGAUGUUGCUUGGUUAAAAAUCUUAAACACUGAGAAUGUGAACAGACAUUGUUCAUUUAAUCUCAUUAUCUGUUUGUAAUUCAUUGUACUCAUAGAACCUAUCAGGCCAUUCAAUACAUUUGUGUCCAUUCUGUAUCUCAACUACAUUCACACACUUUCAUCUCCCCACUCAGAAUAUCCAUACCAACCAGAAACCAACAAUCUCAGCUUUCAACUUUUCAAUUCAACCUCAGCGUCCUCACUUUCUUGGUGUGAAGAGAAUUUCAGAUUUCUGUAAACUUAAACAGUAUACUAAUCAGUCUCUCGGAGACCUAAUUUAAAACAGAAAGUAUGCAGAUACUGGAAAUCAGAAACAAAAACAGAAAAUGCUGGAAAAGCUCAGCAGGUCUGUGGAGAGAAACCAGAGUUAAUGUUUUGGGUCCAGUGACCUUUCUUCAGAACUGUUCCCAAACAUCUCUGUUUUUGUCCCUGAGACUUAAAUUGGAUGUCUUUACACUUUCCUACCUAUCUUCGUGUCUUCAGUAAAUUUAGGGGCCAUUCCUUUGAUUCGUUCAUACAAAUCAUUUAUCUAAAUUAUAGAGUAAUCCCUGUGGUGCACCAUUUGUGACAUCCUGCCAGCCUGAAACGACUCACAUAUUCCUGCUCCCUGCUUCCUGUCAGGCAACCAAUCCUUUAGCAAUGCUACUAUAUUGCCCCCUAUACCAUGAGAUUUCAUUUUCCGCAAUAUCUUUUGAUGUGGCACCUUAGAUAUAUCAAGAGUUGAAAAAGAAUCAUACUGGACUCGAAAUGGUAACUCUAUUUCUCCCUCACCAGACCAGCUGAGUUCCUCCAGCAAUCUCUAUACUUUAUUCAAAUUUCCAGCACCUGCAGUAUUUUGCCUUUAUUUGAGCGAAAUUAGUAUAUUGGGUUGUAUUUAAAACACUGGAAGUCUGGUUUAAAAUGACUAAUCAGUCACUGUAAUCUCUGUGUAGGUGAAAGUAAUUAGGAUCAGAUAAAGUUUGAUUAGCCCCAGACAGAAUGAACUCACAGUGAACUGAAUGACUGCAUGAAAAGAGAAUUGUCCCAAAUCAAAUGUAAGAAAGAGUUAUCAACUUAAUGCUGUUAUGUAUA